AUGGAGCUACCGAGUCCUCCUCCGACCCAUUUAACGUCGAAUCUCGAGUCUCUACUAGCUGAAACACGUGCGCAUUUGCUUCAUAAAGAACCUGAUCGUGCUCGUGCCAGUUUUCUUCGUCUUCCCGAUCUCGAAUCACGUCGUAAAUCGUAUUUAGAAGCGACCUUACGAGAUUUUUAUGCUGCUGGAUUAUUUGAGAUUCCCGUGGUAUUGACGUUCUUAGAAGCAUUGCCCAGUUGGCAUUGGACAUUGGAUGGCUGUGCAGUGCUGUAUAACGUGAGUUCGGCUUUAAGAGCAUCCAGUACCGGCGUCGAAGGCGGUGGAAACGCUCUAAGAGCACUUGAAGCUCGUCAACUCAAAUAUCCACUAUUGCCAUUGGCCUUUUUCCUGUUAAAAGUGAUGAGCCAUUUGGAAGACAGUGCUCGUGUACGAGCAGAGAGUUAUUGGUAUGCAUGGGUAAGUCCGACACUACGUGCUGUAGCUAGUGGACAACCUGUAGAGCUCAAGAUUUUGUCAAGAACAGGACGAAGUGAAUAUCAACAAGGAAAUCCAAACAAAGAAGAAUUAUUGUAUGCUCCUGGUAAUGCUGGUACAUUUGAUAAUGAUCGGCGUCAUGUUUUGUGUUGGGUGGGAGAAGAGGAAGAGAAUGAAGGACCAAUUUGGCCGGAAGAAAAAGAUCGAACCAAAGCCCAAUGGCGAUUGAUUCCCUCGGAUGUCAAUUGUGAUACAUUUUUGAUCCAAAGUGUCUUGUUUGAAGAAUAUAUGUAUGCUGCUGAUUACGCAAAAUUUAAAAAAGAUAAAAGAGGCAAAACAAGAAGUCGAGUGUUUACGUGGAGAAAAACAAAAGAAGCUCCUGGACCAGCGGGAAAGUGGCAACUUGUGGCGUUGACUGGCAACGAAAGAGAUGUGUUUGCAUUGUAUAAUCCAUACCAGCGUGAGUUUUUGUAUGCACCGACAGCAGAUUUAAUGGACAGUAAAAGACGUCAUGUAUUGACGCGAGUAGCGCCAGAUGGAGCUCGUGAAGCAUCCAGCACAGAAGGUGGGCCGAUGUGGUGUGCUUGGCGUAUUACGCCAGCACAACAAUCUUCGAUGGAAAAAGGAGUGGAAGCGUUUUUCGCCAAGCAGUAUCCUUUAGCAGUCGAGCAACUCACUCUAGCAGCCAAUGAUUUGCCGGACAAUACAGAACACGUUAAGUGUUUUGCCUACCGGAUGACGGCAAAUUUACGUCUUCGAAGAUUUGACUUGGUGGCUACCGAUUUUCAGGCGAUUCAAGCACUUGGUGGUGAUAAAGCUGCAAUCUUUCACGGCCUUGCACAUUUAUGGGAGGAGAACGCAAGCUAUCUCGCGGCCAUGGCAAACUCGUCGUCCGACCUUCAAGUUCAGGCAAUUGAGAUCUCGACGUCGACUCAAAAUCCGUUCUUCAUGCGCCACCAGCUUUCUAAAGGUGAUGAUUUCUUUGUUCGCCGCGAUUUUCAGGCCGCAAUUAUGUGUUACCAAGAAGCUGCAACGUGCAGCCCGAGCAUUGUUUCGUCGUCAUCCGAAGGAAAUAGUCUGGAGGAUGCUGAGACGACACGCCAGCGAGUUCGUGCCUAUGUAUCAUGCGCAAAAUGCUUUUUCGCGCUGGAUGAAACCGAAAAUGCGUGGCAAUACUUGAAUAUAGCCCAUGAUAUUGCUGGUGUGUCUGUCGAGGGUGAGGCUGCUAUUCUGCUCUGGAAAGGUAAGUGUCGUCGAGCCCAUAAAGCUUACGAUGAAGCUUUGCAAUUGCUCGAACGAGCUUUUGACCGUGCGAGUGCGGCAUCAGCAGCUUCUGCGUGCAUGUCAUUGUCAACAGCUGGUACACCUAUGACUGCUGCAGCAUUAAAGCGGUCCAUUCUUAUGGAAAUGAAGGUGGUGGGGCUUUUGCGCCAAGGAGUUUACGAUACUUUGCUUUCUGUCAACGAGGAUGAACAAGUCAUUGAGUCAAAUGGUGCUCAUGGUGCUCAUGAAGAGGACGGUUUAAGAACCAGUAAAGACGCCGAGAAGACGCUGACGGAAAUGAUGGAGAUGUUUCAUUGCCCAUUGAGCUUGGAGCUGAUGAACGAUCCAGUCACAACACCAGACGGCAACACAUAUGAACGCUCUAUGAUCGAGCAGCACCUUGAAGUCAAUGGAUGCUUUGAUCCCUUGACGCGUGCUCCACUGACCAAGUCACAGCUCCAUACAAAUCGUGCACUGAAGCAGCUUAUGGAGACGCUACUGAGCGAUCAUCGCUUAGGAUUGCUCCUUGCGUCGUGUUCGACCUAA